AUGAAACCUUUCUUUAUCCGCUCUACUUGUGGAGUAAAUAAUCUUCAUCCUAAUUACAUAGCUGGAUUAAUUGAUGGCGAAGGUUCUUUUAAUAUAACUAUUUCUAAAGACGAUUCUCGUUCAGCAGGGCAUCGGGUAGUGUGCGAAAUGCAUGUUACACAAAAAACCCAUUCUGCUAGUGUGCUAUAUCUUCUCAAAGAGUUUUUUGGCUGUGGAGUUGUUAAGAUCGAUAAUAAAAAUACGGAUGGAUUAAAAGAUCAACUGAGUAGUAUAGUGGACAUUAGCAGAGUCCUAAUCCCUCAUUUAGAUAAAGACCCUUUAUUGACUUCUAAGUAUCUUAAUUAUUUGACCUUCAAAAAAGCAAUCAAGAUGCUUGAAAAUAAAGAGCAUUUAACUCUUCAAGGUAUAGAGAAGCUUAAAAAUAUGGCAUCCCAAAUGAAUACCAAUCGGACAUUUGAGGAAAAAGGGCAAUUUUGCCAAGAACAUACUUCUAAGUCUACUAUUUCCCCCGAGUGGAUUCAAGGGUUCACUGAUGCUGAAGGAUGCUUCUAUUUCUAUAUGGGUAAACCAAAUAUAAAAGGAAAAGAAUCUUCGACCUGGUAUCUUCAAGCUUCCUUAGAAAUAGCCCAAAACACUCAUGACGUUGCGGUUCUUGAACUCAUUCAAUCCUUUUUUGGUUGUGGAAUAAUAAAGCCUAAAAGAACUAAUAACGAACUAAAGACGGCACAAAGUGUAAGAAGCGUUAGCCAUUAUGAAGACUGGAAAACCAUAAUUCAAAUGAAAGUUUCAAAGGAGCAUUUCACUGAAGCAGGAGUCCAGAAAAUGUUUCAAAUUAAGUCUCAGAUGAAGAGAGUGCUUGAGCCGUAUGCGAUGAAAGUUGCACGUACGGUUCUUAUCGGGGGAAAGCCCGGUAUGAAAUUUCGUAAUUUAGAACCAACUGAUAAAGCAUUAAGAGUAACUGAGAGGGGGCAAGUUUUUGCUUUACUUGAUUAUUUUGGGCCACACCUUGUAAUUAAAACAGGACAAAGAGACCUAAUGUAUGAGAUUAAGAAGUUACAAGAGGAAAUGAAAACUCCUAAGGAUUUACUUAAAAUUGCUCAAUUAGCUGAUGCUAUUUCUGCUUUAAAUUAUCACUCUACUCAUCUAGCUAGUGUGCAACCACUACUCGGGGUGCAAAGGGAGUCGACUAGACACGAUACCUUGACCUUUGUAGUAGGUUUCACUGUAAAUGCUGGUUGGAAACCUCUCUAUGGCCAUGGAGAGCCUAAAGUAAACAUAGGGGUAGCUCGAAGGGGUAUAGUGGCUCCUGCAAGAUUACUAGACUGGAAAAUGCAGGUAAAUACUACUGUAUGCUGGAAACCCCUUAGAGUCCUUGGUCCGAAGACCUUCGGGGAAGACGGAACAAUUCAAGGAUUUGGGCAAUCAGCAGGAAACCUUUACCGAGAAGGGAUCCUCAGAGACUAUACGUAG